GCAACAGAGGCUAAGCUAAUUUGUUCAGGGCUUGGGACAAAUAAGUUUUAAGACUGUCCGAACUGAAAAUGUAAUGGCGACCGGUAAUAUUUCUCUUUUUUUUAAUGAUUGAUGUAUUACUUGAUGUCUAAAUUUUCAUUUUGGGGCGCCGCUGUUAUUUAAGCAAAGUCAGCGCACCUAAUAAGUUAACGUAAAAGCAUUCAAACGUCUAUGAGUCCACGUAACGUUAGGACUGAAUUUUUUUUUUUUUCACAGUGUGACUUAACUACCGGUUGAGUGGCGUUAAAGGCUUUAUUUCCAGUUUAUUCUUAGUGCGUGACAAUUAAAUCAGAGUUUGUUUUUAUUUUUGCAGACUUUAUUUAUCCCCGAUAAAUUGACUCAUAACAGAAGCUGUUAUGUUGAGUUCUGCCGUCAUGCGUUCAGCAGCCGGAGAUGGUCAGCUGAAGUUCAUCUUAAGUCAUUAUUAGAUAAACGCUGGAGCUUGGGUCAUGUCUGCGGAUCAGUCAUCGUCACUGGCCGGGACUCACGGCCUCCUACGCGGCCAGCGCACCCGGUCCUACGGCAGCCUGGUGACCUCUUCAUUAUCACCCGUUAGACAAAGACGAAUUGAACAUAAAGUCCAGCCCGGUGAGACUUUGCAAGGAAUAUCACUGAAAUAUGGCGUGUCUAUGGAGCAAAUCAAAAGGGCAAACAGACUGUACACAAAUGAUUCAAUAUUCCUGAAGGAGUCCCUCUUCAUCCCGGUGCUGACAGAGUCCGUGUCGUUCACAAAUGGAGUGGAAUUGACCGAGGGCGAGACAAGUCCAGCACAAAUACACACAGAGAUUUCUAAUGAGAUUCCCAAAAGCCAAACAGACUCUAGAUGUGAUCUGUCACCAGUGGAAUACCUGAAAAAGAUAGACAGCUUGAUCAGUCAGUCCAAACAAGCAGCUGUGAAGACCUGCCAGGAGGGAGAGAAACAGAUUUCAUCUAUGGAGCAACUCCGUCACAGCAAUCCGACGUCUGACAGAGCAUCCACCCAGCAGGCCAUUUUGGGAGCCGUUCCCGUUACAAUCACCAGACGGACCAGGAAUUUGAGGGAUAGGGAGGAUGAGAUCUUCCAGCUCUGAUGUAGGCAUUUAUUAGGACUCUUCUGACUGUGUUAUUUGCACAAAUUGAUUGUUUUUGAGGGCUCCCUCAUUGGGUUGCAUGCCUUUAAAAUGUGGAAACUGCUGGAGUGGCUUGCCAUAAUAAUUUUUUUUUAAUAAAAAUAUUACCAGCUUUAGGCUUGCACACAUAUUAGCACUGUAAAAGCACUGUAGCUUGAUGACUAAAAGUAAUAAUGUGAAUUAUACUUCUGAUUCUGCUUUUCACAUGAGCAUAGCCAAAGUAAUGACACCGUUUUGUGUGUGACAUAGACGACUGCACUUGAGCGGAAAAACUAAUUGGGAAUCUAUCUUGAAAAAAAGUAAUGCACUUGCAAACUGAUAUUGAUUUUAACACUACCUCACAAAUACUUGAUAGAAAUGCUUCAGUUUUAGGAAAUUGAAAGUAUAUGCUGUGGGAACGUGCCAUCUGACAUCUGUCAGUGCAUAA